AUGAUAUCUUCAGACACUAAUAAGCAAAUCAUCUCCUUCUGUACAUUCAUGGUGGGUUGUUUCUCCUGCUAUGUAGCAAGAGACAUUAUAACAACGGGGCAAAACAUCAGUGAUGGUUCAGAUUAUUUAGAAUCUCCGGAGAAGAAGUUUCAAAUGGGCUUCUUUUCACGUGAGGAAUCAUCAGAAGUAAGACGAUAUGUGGGUGUAUGGUAUACCAUGGAUCCAAAGACCGUGGUGUGGGUGGCUAAUCGUGAUAAACCAGUGCUGGAUUCCACUGGAGUUCUUGCUGUUUCAGAAGAAGGUAGCCUUAAGCUGCUCGAUGGAAAUGGAGUUGAAUACUUCUCUACAGAAACAGGUAUGUUAACUGAAUGA